AUGUCUUCAUUUCAAGCCCUGUAUGGUUAUAAACCCCCUCACCUAAUCUUUCCAGUUCCUACAACUACUUCAGUUGCUUCAGUGGAGUCUUACUUGAAGGAGAGGAAUGUUAUGUUGCAGCUUUUGAAGGAUGACCUCACUAAAGCUCAAGAUCUCAUGAAGUUUUAUGCAGAAAAAAAAAGACAGGACAGAGAGUUUUCGGUUACUAACCUGGUGUUUCUUAAGUUACAACCUUACAGGCAUUCAUCAGUAGCAGUUCGUAAGAAUUUCAAACUCUCUGCUAAAUAUUUUGGUCCAUUUGAAGUGCUCAAGAUAAUUGGUGCAGUGGCUAAUAAAUUACAGCUACCGAUGGAGUCAAAGAUUCAUCAUGUCUUUCAUGUAUCCCAACUGAAGAAGCACAUAGGACUUAGCGCUUCUACAUUGCCCCAACUUCCAGUGGUGGAUGAUAAAGGUCACUAUGUUGUUAAAUCGGUGGCUGUGUUGGCUACUCAUCUUACACUCGAGGGUAAGGUAUUUGUCCCUCAAAUUUUAGUGCACUUGUCUAACUCUGCUGUCGAGGAUGCCACUUGGGAGGAUAUCUCUCACCUUAAAGCACAGUUUCCACAUUUCAUCCUUGAGGACAAGGAUCUUUCAAGGGAGGGGCAAUGUCAUGUAACCAUAACAUGA